UUCCGGACUUCCAGUCCGCCCAAGAUUCGCCUGUGCGUGCACUGCCUCCAGGCCGUGUUCCCCUUCAAGCCGCCGCAGCGCAUCGAGGCCCGGACGCACCUGCAGCUCGGCUCGGUGCUUUAUCACCACACCAAGAACAGCGAGCAGGCGCGCAGCCACCUGGAGAAGGCGUGGUUGAUAUCACAACAAAUCCCGCAGUUUGAAGAUGUUAAAUUUGAAGCAGCCAGUCUGUUGUCAGAAUUAUACUGUCAAGAGAAUUCCGUGGAUGCAGCAAAGCCGCUGCUGCGGAAGGCCAUCCAGAUCUCGCAGCAGACCCCGUACUGGCACUGCCGCCUGCUCUUCCAACUCGCACAACUGCACACGCUUGAGAAGGACUUGGUGUCGGCCUGCGACCUCCUGGGCGUGGGAGCCGAGUACGCCCGUGUCGUGGGAUCUGAGUAUACACGGGCACUGUUCCUGCUCAGCAAGGGCAUGCUGCUGCUGAUGGAGCGCAAGCUGCAGGAAGUCCACCCACUGCUGACCCUCUGCGGCCAGAUCGUGGAGAACUGGCAGGGGAACCCCAUCCAGAAGGAAUCGCUGCGGGUCUUCUUCCUGGUGCUCCAGGUCACCCACUACCUGGAUGCCGGACAGGUGAAGAGCGUGAAGCCAUGCCUGAAGCAGCUGCAGCAGUGCAUCCAGACCAUCUCCACGCUGCACGACGACGAGAUCCUGCCCAGCAACCCCGCUGACCUCUUCCAUUGGCUGCCCAAGGAACACAUGUGUGUGCUCGUCUACUUGGUGACCGUGAUGCACUCCAUGCAGGCCGGCUACCUGGAGAAGGCGCAGAAGUACACGGACAAGGCCCUCAUGCAGUUGGAGAAGCUCAAGAUGCUCGACUGCAGCCCCAUCCUGUCCUCCUUCCAAGUGAUCCUGCUGGAGCACAUCAUCAUGUGCCGGCUGGUCACCGGACACAAGGCCACCGCGCUGCAGGAGAUCUCCCAGGUCUGCCAGCUGUGCCAGCAGUCCCCCCGGCUCUUCUCCAACCACGCAGCACAGCUGCACACGCUGCUGGGCCUGUACUGCGUCUCUGUCAACUGCAUGGACAACGCGGAAGCCCAGUUCACCACAGCCCUGCGGCUCACCAACCACCAGGAGCUGUGGGCCUUCAUCGUGACCAACCUGGCGAGUGUGUAUAUACGGGAAGGAAAUAGACACCAAGAGGUACUGUACAGCUUGCUGGAGAGGAUCAACCCGGACCACAGCUUCCCAGUCAGUUCGCACUGCCUCCGGGCGGCGGCUUUCUACGUGCGUGGGCUCUUCUCCUUUUUCCAGGGACGCUACAAUGAGGCCAAGCGUUUUCUGCGAGAAACUCUGAAGAUGUCCAACGCGGAAGACCUGAACCGCCUCACAGCCUGCUCCCUCGUGCUCCUGGGCCACAUCUUCUACGUGCUGGGGAACCACAGGGAGAGUAACAAUAUGGUGGUGCCCGCGAUGCAGCUGGCCAGCAAGAUCCCAGACAUGUCAGUGCAGCUGUGGUCAUCAGCCCUGCUGAGAGACCUAAACAAGGCCUGCGGGAACGCCAUGGACGCCCACGAAGCUGCCCAGAUGCACCAGAACUUCUCGCAGCAGCUGCUCCAGGACCACAUCGAAGCCUGCAGCCUCCCCGAGCACAAUCUCAUCACGACGGCCCGCCACCCGUGCAGUUCCAAGCUCAGAAUGGACCCAACACCAGCCUGGCCAGCCUCCUGUGAGGCCCCUAGAGGGGGCCCCCCAGCUCCUUGGGGCCUCUGCGGGGCCCAGAUGGCCCUUGAGCUUUCCCUGGCCAACAUGCCUGCACGGCCGUCCCCAGGCUUCUUUCCGGACUGUCUCCAGAGCUUCCGUGUCCUGGGGCAUGUGCAGGCCCAGUCCGUGCCCCCCAGGAAGGGGCAGCCGGCUAUUCUGGCCUCCAACCAGGACCAUCGGCGCCGAGGCCCAGAGUUGGAUGUCGGAGCUGCCUUUCCAGAGCCAUCCUUUAAAGUGGAUUUCGGCUGCCAGUCCUGUCUCCACGUCUGAGUCUGCCUGUCGGGGACACGUGUGGGCAGAGCCUGGGGCCCAGACCUUGCUGCCAGGGUGGGCGGGACUUCAGGGCCAUCCUGUCAAUGCCAGGUAGGGGUCUAUUUCCUCUGCCCAAGGCAACUUCCGCAGCCCAGAGGCCAGACACCGGCCCCUGGCCCAGAUCUGGAGGGAAGAAGUGGCAGCCCACACACACCUGGCUUGCCUCUCCCCAGCGUUUGUCCUGACGGCCACGCCCUGUGGUCAGUGGCUCUCAGGCACCCGAGAACCCAGCCUCCAAACGUCUGAACUGAGACUGGAAUGGCCACCCUGCCGUGGGAGUGCGAACACAGGUGUGCGUGUGCGCGUGCGCGCGUGCGUGUUGGUGUAUAGCAGAGUUCGUGGAGCUGUGAGCUGAGACGCCUGUGUUUGCACCACCUGCCUUCCCCCGGCACUGCUGCUGAGGGCCAGGAGGCACGCAUGGCGAGGCACUUCUCACCCAGAUUCAAGAUCUCCACCUACCAGGACUCUGGGCAUGGGGCACGGCCCCCUCAGACCUGGCCCGAGGGGGCUUCCUUCCUGGCAGCUCUGCAGCCUUCUGUGCAGGUGUGGUCGGACAGUGGCUCAGCCCCCGAGCCUCCCUGCCUCUCCUGCUGAGGUCUGGGGGACAGCCUGGACACCUCUUCCUGAGCCAGCCCCCAGGGUCACGGCAGGGCCCAGAAGCAGCGCUCUGUGGAUGCUCAGGGAGGUCCCCACGGUGACGGUAGCAGCUGGGGUCAGGGCAGCAGCCCCCGUCUGACCUCCGGCACCUCAGAGUGGCUUCCUACUGUGGGGCGUGGGUGGUCUCGCUCAUCAGGGUAGGUCGUCUCGGGUCUCGUUACCCUUGCACUGUGAAGGCUGCUUCUAGAGCGUCGGUGUCCGUGACUGAAGGGACGUUGGCACUGCCCAGGUCAGCUGCCCAGGCUCUGGGGCCUGGUGUGCCUUAGCCACAAAUGGGGCCAUCAGCAAACCCUCUCCCUCGCUGGGUCCUGCCCGUGGCCAUGGGCAGGCAGGUCAGAGGGACCAGGCCAGUGGCAGCCUGUCCUGAGAACACUCACCACUUCUGGGUCACCAGGGAGAGCCCAGCUGCAUCCCACACUACCGGGGCUGCCCUCUCAGGCCCAUGGGGCCCACAGGCUGUCCCCACCCUGUCUUCCACCUGAGCUGUGGCCUUCGCCCAGCUCCACCCCAUGGAUCCCCUCGAGGGAUGCCCUGGGUUGUCUCCAUCCCUGAGACGGGAUCCCGUGUCUCCAUGACCCGCUCCUGCUGGCGUGGACUCCAGACUCCAGACCCGCAUCCCCUUCAGUCAUCAUGUUUGUCUCCGUGUAUUUAUUUAAGCCUCUUUUUGCUUCUAGGGCAUUUCGUAUGUAGAGCGGUCGAAAGACCCUCCGAGUUUAACGUCUGUCUCGAUGUUAAAGCUUUUAGUGACCACCCUGUUCCCUGUGGCUAUGUCGAGUUAAGGUUAAGAUCUUAAGUUUACAAUUAAAAAUUCAGUACCCGAUA